AUGACGUGUGGGACAACUUCUUCUGUACUGUCAUGUACAGGUGCAGUGGCUGCUCUGAAAUUCCGAGUCCCCCAGAUGUCCCAAUUCUCCAGAAUUCAUCAGCAAUCCCUUCAAAAACGUAUCGGAACCGAUUGCUCCUUCAAUAUCGACCGAAACAGCACGAAUGCAACAUCAACCCCUGAAAAUUACGUCAACACCACAGGGGACCCUCUCACACCUUCAAACGACACAGACAAUAUCUUGAACAUUCAAAACCGAGAUGUCCCUGAGUGGCAAGUGCCGGACUCUAACCCACAAGACCCCCAUCCUCUCUACCCAAAUUAUGGAAUUGAUUCGAUGGAUUCCCCAGAUUAUCGCGAGCAAAAUAUCGAUUUGGAUGAUAAUGAAAAUUUGAAGAAGUUGGAAAUGGAUCCAUUGGAUUCCUCUUCAAAAUUCAAGAGAGGAUUCAGAUUACUUCCGGUUUCCAAUGAUUUAUACGUCCUCAAACGUGAUCCUGCGACUUUAGCCCUUGAGAGUGUCAAUGACAAUCAGAAAACAGGAGAUCUGAAGCGUUCGAAUCCCCAAUUCGAUGAUGGAACAGAAGACUUGUUAUCGUUCAGGGCUCACAUGCAUCACAGAGUCGAGGACAUUGGGAAGAGGUUCAUGAAGAGGGACAUGAAGAAGGAUGUACUGUCUUCAGGUGCUGAAGCUGUAGGAGAGAGUCCAGAUCCAUUAAGUGGAGGUCUAGAUCCAUGGAAUUCUGGUUACCCUGGUCUUGGACAGUCUCUGGACGACUCCAGUGCUGGUCUUCAGGGGCUGAACUCUCCCGUUGAUGCUCUUCAGGAUCCGCUUCUAAAUCCUAUUGAGAAUAACCCGGAUAAUCUGAGGAUGUAUGAGAAUCCUUACGCCCCUGUGGACUCCUCGGGCUCUUUCGGAGGAUUUGAUCCAUACCAUCCACACUCGAUGCUGACUAAGAGCUUGUAUCAGCCUAUGCCCAACCUCCAAUCGAACUUCUACCCUCCGCUGGACAACCAAUGGCGUCCCAGCUACCUGAAUCCUAUCGGUGUAAAUGCUCUGGAAGACAACAACCUCGCUGAACAGUACAACAGCGUCAUGGAGGGCAGCCCGGAGGACCUGGACAGAGGGCCUCGAGGCGAUCCUGAAGAGGGUCACCUGGGAUAUCUGGACAAAUAUGCUAGUGCGGUCGCCUCCAUCAACGACAACUGGAAUCUAGCUCAGGGAAAUGGAGGUGGAGAUGACGUUGUACCUGCAGACAUCAUCGGAGGGACUCCGGCUCCCCUCAACGAGCCGUUGGAGACUUCACAGUCACCAAAACCUCCAGAAAGUCCUGAAAAAGUCAACAGCUCAUCACUAGCCAUGGUGAUAGAACCGUUAACGGUUCAACUUCAGAAACUGCUGUCGUCUAUUCAACAGGUCAAUGAGAAACUGAUGAGCGAUCAGAGCAAUCAUGAUACAUCUAGCCCAGUGGAUUCUCUCAGGAGAAAACGAGGGGCUGGUAAACACGCCCCUGAGGAGGAACUCUAUGACGAUCGUGAUGAAGACCUGGAUGAUGAAGAGGAGACUAGAGAGGAAAGAUCGGAUGAUGACGAUCUGGAUGAGGACACCAUCGCUUGCCCACCUGGCACAUCAAGAACUGGAAAGAGAUGUUCAUUACAACGUUUUUCGAAGAGCGACAAAAACGUCGAUUUCGCAGCUGAAGACUUGAGAAAUGAUUCCACCAAUGCCUCCCACUCACUGGUAGUGCAGAAGGACAAGAAUAAAUCGAACAAUUCCAUCACUUCCUUUUUCCAGAAGACUUUUGGGGUAGGGAGUAGUCCAUCAACCCAAGUCCCCUUGAAAACCACUUGGACUACAAUGAGACUGGCUACAGACCCUGAAGAGACAACUGUCGACAUGUCCUAUAAAGAGCAUUUUAUCAAUCCUGGCUUUUUGAAUGAUGCAGGUGAAGCUGUAGUCGACAAAUCCACUGUAGUAGUAGCUCAUGAUACGCAAUUGCCUAUAACCUCAAAAAUUCCAUUAUACCCUGAAGACGAGCACACACGACGGCCAGAGAUCCAAGAAGUAUUGAAAACGACUGUAGGAGCUGCGAGCUCUCCAACAGCCCCUCCUCAACAAUCAGAAACGCGACAGGCAAGUCCUCAGAAUAUAUCAGCAGUGCAGACAACUCAGGGAAUCCCAGAAGCGCUGGAUAAAAUCCCGGAAGUGUCGAAUACUGAGGUGCUCAAGUUAGCAGAGUCUUCGGCAGGGGUUAAAGGUCAGAUUGGCUCUACAUUACUUCCGCCGAGUGAUCUGGAAACAAUUAAAGUCGCUAUUGAACCCCUACCAGAAUCACCAAACGAUAAUAGAGUUCCUAAUCAAUUCAUUAGGACGAACUCUAAGGAUUUAUUGAUAAGAUUAUUACCCCCGGAAAUAAUCCAAAACAUCACAGAUACUGGAGUUAUCGUCCGAGUUCCAGGAGACACUAGCCUGAAGAAAACAACGUCUCCGACUAUAUCGACAGCCAAAACAACGAUUGAUCUUCAAGGGGAUUCCAUGUGGCUCUUCGAGGGUCAGGGACGCAUAAAUAACCCUCAAGAGAGUGGAAAAGGGAUGAAGAGUCGGUCAAAUGAUGAUGUCGGUGAUAAACCUGGAGACAGCGAUGCGGUGGUGGCCGUUGGAGAUGAUGAAGAAGAGGUUGGAGACACGAAAUUAACGAUUAGACUGCGGCUGCCGAAUCGAAGUCAUCAUGCUUUUCAGAAGGUCCAGAGGAGCGUAGAGGGUAAAGCGGAUGACACAGCAGGGGCAAUCCCUCCGAAGACCUUGGCAAAGAGAUCGGAACCUGAGGAUAAUUCUAAUGAAGAGUAUGAAGACUAUCAAAAUCUUGAAAAAAGGAAUGCCGAGAACAUCGGGAAUGACUAUCUAGAUAAUUUGGAAGAGAAUGACGGGGAACUCGAGGAUUACGAUGAUGAAGAGCCCGAGGAGGAACUCAAAUACGAGGAUAAGAGAUCGGCGAAGUCAUCGGACGUAAGUCAGAGCUCUCCAGCGAGUGUUCCAAAGGUAGUUCUCCGAUUGAGAUUACCGGAAGACUCGGAAACGUCAUCAGACGUGAAAAGAUCUCCUUCGAAGGAUCAGAAGACAAGACAACAGAUGACGAAGAAAUCGAAGAAGUCGAGCGUCAGGAUUGGACGGUCCCUAAUGUGGGUCGUUGAUCAACCUGAAGAAGGAGAUCGAUUCCCGCGUGAAAAUGAUCUCGAUUUUUUUGGGACAACAAAAUCUGAAGGCGAACAGCUGUCGACGAAUGUGGAAAAACAUCGAACUCUUCCGGAGGAAGCAACGGCUUACGAAAAUAUUUUGGGGAUUUUGAACGAUUCUACUGAGUUUCAAGUGAUGAGUUCAUUAGCAGCAAUUACUACCCAAGAGCCGGGAACAACAAUUACUGAGACAUUGCCUUCUUUUCAUUCGACUACAGAAACAUCAAGUAAUUCUGGAGGUAUAGGUGUCAGCACUUCAAAAGAAGCAACUGUUAGUAGUCAACAGACAAUACAAGCCGAAAAUACCAGUAAAUUGUCUUCAAGUUCUGGAGUUACAACCGAAACAACCACUUUAACACCAACUGCUUCAUCAACAAGUUCAACUUUAUCAGCAACCCAGGAUGUGGCUUCCGCAGCCAUUGGAGAAACGUCUACCACAGCUCAAACGAGAUCAGAAGAGAUUGUUUCUUCUGAAGAAACUUCUAAUCUGUCAACUUCUACUACUAGUAGCUCAUCAGAAAUAUCUGAAGGACAUCCUCCGACGACGAAAAUACUUGAAUCAUCAACACAGAUGUCAACUACAACGGCAACAUCAACAGAAAUCUCAACAUCUGGAGCUACAUCUCUUUCAACAAAAAUUACAGAAGAAACUACACGUGAAACAAAUAAAUUACUAUCGUCACCUGUCCUUGAAAUUUCAAGUACGGAAUUGACAACGUCAAGUUUUUCUACCGAAAUGCCCUCCUCAUUGCGUCCUUCAACAACCGAGAAAUUAGAAAUAAUUUCUUCGCAAUUUCAAGACGAAUUGGAGAAUAUUUCUGGGCCUGAAGCAAGCGUACAGACGGAAAAGGUGGUGACCAACUUCUUUGUGACCUCUGAAAUUCCCAAGAGCAUGAUGGUAGAGCUGGGACUAGAGAAGAAUAAAGAAAAACAACUAGAAUCUACUUCGAAUCCCUUCACAUCUCCAGGAGCUAGAGAAGUCACGACGGAUUCGUUGAGUCUUUCCACUGAAGUUGAGACCUCGACGGAUCAUUCAAGUACUUCGUCUUCAGAAGCAGAAACUGAAGAGAGUGCUGGGACUUCUACUUCAACUCCCACAGCUUCCGAAACCACUACCCUUUCCACAAUUCUCCAAACAGUUUCCAAUUUUUUUUCAAUACUCACCACUUCAGACUCUAGCUCCUUGAUAACUGAAAGAACAUCUGAGAUCCCGUCUUCAACAAGAGUCGGGGAGUCUACAGUGCCUGGAAAAGAAUCACCAUCAGAACCUACUGAAGAAGCUUCCGAUUCCUCUAGUUUAUCAACAACAAAAGCCAAAAAGACUUCAGAAUCAUCUUCAUCUACAACAGUUGAAACAGAGAUGACUUCUGAGCUGGAAGAAUCAGUUUCCAAUGUCAAAUCAACAUCCGAAGGCCUUGAGGAGACAAAUACCUCCACCCAAAAAACCUUAACAGGAAUCAUCACUGAAAAAAUUAGCACGUCUUUUCCAUCAACACAGUCCCAAAAAAAAUCUCAAAAAACAGCAACUCCACAUCAAACCUCAGAAAUUACGACAGGUGGUUCUAGUGAAGAAAAAACUUCAGUAUCAUCUUCAGCACUGACAUCAGAAGAAGCUGAAAGUAGUACUACAUUGGCAGUUUCGUCAGCUUCCACAGCGAUGUCUGCAGGUACUGAAGAGACGACAGAGUUGUCGGCAACUCAAACAACCGCUGAAGAAACAAAUACUACUGAAGAAAUAACAACUGUGACGAGAGUUGUGACAGUCCCACCCAAAAAAUCAAAACCAUCGAAAUCAACAAGAACUUCAGAAGCGACUGAAGAAACAUCCGAGUCCGCAGAAUCGUCAACUGAAUCCCAUGAAAAAAAUACAGCAAGUUCAAAAAAAACGACGAGUACUUCUGAAGAAAUCUCUGAGUCCGUGUCUUCGACUGAAGAAAAAGCACCAACUUCGUUGCAUUCUACAGGGACUUCAGAACUAGUUUCGUCCACUGAGGUCGAAACCACCACUUUAAAAUCUUCUUCUGAGGCAACUUCAGAAUCUUCUGUAUCACCUUCUGCAUUUUCUUCUGAGUCAUCAUCAAAAUCUUCUGUUUCACCUUCUGAAUCUUCUUCUGAAUCAACAUCAAAACCUUCUGUAUUAACUACAGAAUCUGCUUCUGAGUCAACUUCAACAUCUUCUCUAUUAACUACAGAAUCUGCUUCUGAGUCAACUUCAACAUCUUCUCUAUCAACUUCAAAAUCUACUUCUGAGUCGACUUCGGAAUCUUCUUCCGAGUCAACAUCAGUGGCUGAAGGCUCAUCGACAGAGUCCACUACAUCAACAUCCGAAAAAGUGCGCACGGUAAUUGAAUUUACUAGAACGACAAUGGUUGAGAGCACCUCUGAGUUACAAACUGAAUAUUCAACAACUGGGAAGACUACCCCGAUAGAAGAAACUCACGCGCCAACUCCAGUUCCAGAAAUUACUCUGAUGUCAACAAUUACUCCCUACCCUACAGAAUCCACUGUUGACUUAUCAACAUCUCCAACCGCCAGUGAAAAAAUGACUGAAGAAACUUCAUCAACGCCCUCUCAUUCCAAAACUCCUCCUGAAGUUACAGAAGUUGAGGAGACAUCAUCUUCAGUAGAAAUCAGAAACAGUUCGCCUGAAUUCUCCCUAAGUUCAGAGGAAACUGAAACCUCGCCCGAGCGAACAUCUGAAUUAUCUUCAAGUGCAUCAAGUUCCGAAGAAUCAGAAACAGAAUAUUUUUUUGAUGAAACCGCAAAUGAAUCUGAAGAAUCAACUUCAGAGGGAAAAGAUGUCUUCCAAGAUUAUAUUGACACUUCAACUUUUAGUAGAGGACCUUCAGAGGGUGCCCCAACCAGUACUACAUCUGAAAGUUUUUCAGAAAGUACUUUUAUUACUCCCGAAGGCGUAUUAUUGACUGGUGCUUCCCAUUCAACAUCAAUUUCGUUGGAUAAAUUAGUGAGAACUACAGAAAAAGUACCAGGAACGAGUAUUUCAACUGUUUCGGCUUUUCCUUCUGCAACUGAAUCAAGUACCAAGAAAACCACAGUACUCCCGUCAACAAGUUUUUCCCAAAGUAGUUCCACACUUACGGAAUUUCCGAGCAGCUCUCAAUUUUCCUCAAUGCCAAUUGCUAUGAGUGAAUCAAUUGAAACAACAGAAGUACCAGAAAUAAGUACUCUCUCGCCAACUUUUACUUCACCUUCUACAACUAAAUCGAGUACAGAGACAAUUACCCCAUUCACGAGUGAAAGUACUUCCGGCAGUACUUCCACAACUUCAAAGAACACUAUCGAGUUGUCGAGUACUGGUACUUUUCCCUUAACAUCAUUUUUAACAAGUGAAUUCAUGGGAACGUCAGAGGAAGUACCAGAGACAAAGUACUUCUACGACUGCGAGAGGCACUAA